ACUAAAUACCUGAAAUAAAAGGACUUAAAUCUGUGAUUCAGAGGGACAUUUAACUGGUGAGUUUACCGAUUAAAGGAUACUUCAAAGAUUUGAAGAAAUGGAUGAAAAAACUCUUAAAGAUUUCCUGAGCUGCCACGUGUGUUUAGAGACUUUCAAAGAUCCGGUGUCUCUGAGCUGCAGCCACAACUUCUGUUCAAGCUGCCUGAAAGAGUUCUGGGAACAGAAUAAAAACAGAAACUGUCCCAUCUGUAAAAGAAAAUCUUCUAAAGACAUUUUAGUGAACUUUUCACUGAAGGAACUUGCCGACUCUUUUGCUGGAAGACAGACAGGUGGAUCAUCUGAGACUGAAAAAGAAGAAAAGAGGGAGGAGGAAGUUUGUAAGAAACACCCAGGAACAACUCCCCUGUUCUGUAUAGACGAACAGAGAGCUGUGUGUCCUGUCUGUGAGUUUUCUCUGCACCAGAACCACAAAGUGGUUCCUGUAGAAGAAGCAGUCGGUGAGCUGAAGGAGCUGCUGAAAUCUGACUUAAAGUCUCUGCAGGACAAGAGGAACAAAUACAAACAAGUGGAGGAAACAUAUAAAGAUGUGGUUCAACACUCGGAGAAGCAGCUGCUGUCCACAGAGAAGCAGAUCAGAGCAGAGUUCAACAAACUCCAGCAGUUCCUGAAGGAGGAAGAGGAGUCCAGACUGGCAGCUCUGAGGGAGGAAGAGGAGCAGAAGGGGAGGAGAAUCAGCAGGGAGAGGAAGAGGAUCCAGGAGCAGAUCUCCUCUCUGUCAGACAGCAUCUCUGCUGUGGAAGAAGAGCUGCAGAAAGACAACAUGACGUUCCUCAGCAGGUAUAAACCCACCCGGGACAGAGCCAGAGAGCAGAGCUCAGUGUCAGAUCCACGGCUGCUCUCAGGAACUCUGGUAGACGAGGCCAAACACCUGGGAAACCUGGCCUUCAGAGUCUGGGAGAAGAUGGGGGACCAGGUCCACUUCAGCCCGCUGGUUCUGGACCCAAACACUGCAGGACGCUCUCUCUAUCUGUCUGCUGAUCUGACCAGUGUGAGACGUGGAGAUACAUGGCAGCAGAUUCCUGAUAAUCCAGAGAGAAACGACAAGUAUGCCAGUGUUUUUGGUUCUGAGGGUUUGACCUCAGGGAAACACAGCUGGGAGGUGGAGGUGGGAGAUCAUCCUGACUGGAAUGUUGGUUUGGUUAAAGACUCCGUUGACAGGAAGAACAAGAGAUAUUCUUCACCUAAAUAUGGAAUCUGGUGUUUAUGGCAUGGUGAUGGAAAAUACGCCAAUGGUGAUGGUGAGACCGUCACGGUGGAGACGAGUCUCCGGAGGAUCAGAGUCCAGCUGGACUAUGACGGGGGGACGGUUUCCUUCUACAACCCUGAAGACAUGACACACAUCUACACUCACAAAUACACUUUCACUGAGAAACUCUUCCCUUUUUUCAGUGUUGGAAAGUCUGAUGAUGCAAAAACGUCUGAGAUCAAAAUCUGUCAGACAAAGAAAAGAUUAACCUGAGAUAAAGAAAAUAUAUGUAUGUGUCUUUAAUGUUUUGAUGGAAUAACUUUUCCAAGAGCAGGAUUAUUUUAAGUAAAAAGUUCACAUGUGCAAACAAACUAAUCUCUCUAGGUCGUCCUCAGACGAGCCGUCCAUCAUUGUCUCCAGUCAUGCCGAUUCUCCAUACAUCUUUCCAGUUGGCUGGUACUCUGGGCCCCUGCAUCCUUCUUGAGUAUGUCCACAUAUGUUGGUGUAGGACGUCCUCUUGACCGGCGCCCGCAUGUUGGCUCCCACAGCACCAGCUUGCUGGCUGACAGUUCUGUGUGUCUUUGGCAGUGCCCUGCAAGUCUCAUUCUCCUUACAGCGACCUUUUCGCUUACCCUUGGCAUUCCUUCAUAUAGGACAAGGUUGGUUACAUGUGCAUUCUUGCUGAUGUUAAGCACUGCACGCAACAUCCUGGUGUAGCACCCGUCCAGGGAGUUCACUAGGGUUGGUUUGAGGGUCCAGCAUUCACUGCCAUAAAGGAGAACAGACUCUACUGUCGCGUAGAAGAAGCUGAGUCUGAUUUGGCGGGGGAGGUUGGAGUUCCAUACAAAGGUCAUCCCGUUCAGGGCCCUCCAUGCAAGUGCCUUCCUCACUUUUAGAUGUUGCUCAGUUGAGUUGACCCACGAACCCAGGUACUUGAAGUCAUCAACUUCUUUCAGCACAGUGCCUCCUGCUGUAGUCAGAGGUUAAUGUUCUGGUGGAAUGUUGCAGGUGAUGGGUUAGGGUUAGGGUUAGGGUUAGAGUUUAACCUGAGGCCAACCUUGGCACACUCUAGCUCUACCCUGUUUAGUAGUUCUUGUGCCUGUUCCACAUUGUCAGAGAGCAAACUGAUAUCGUCUGCAUAGUCAAGGUCUGUGAGGACCACUGCAGGUUUUCGACUUGACCUCCUUGGUGUUAGCGUGAAGCCAAGUUCCUGCUCUCGCCCACUGAUUGCCUUCCUGAGUGCAUGAUCAAGGACUAUGAUGAAGAGAAAGAGGGCUAGUGUAUCUUCUUGCAUAACCCCAGCAAGGAUGUCAAAUCU